UAUCAAAAAUCUGUCAAUGUCAUUUAUGGAAGAUAGUAAAGCGCAGAAGCGAAUGAAUGAUUAAGAAUUAUUUUCCCAAUAAUUUUAUUUUAUCUCGUGGUGUGAUCGUUUAAUAGUGUCAUCAUUAUAGUAUAUAGAAUUAGAAAGCUAGUCUCUACUGGUGCAGAAUCAAACGUGUAUGCUUAUAAUGAUAGGAUUAAGUUGACGUAACAGUGGCCUAUUCCAAUAACUUGAUUAUUGGAGUAAUGCUGCCACGGGCUCAAGACGCUUUCGUAACAAACUAAAUGGCAAAACAUUAGUAGAUUGUAAAGAUGAUGUACGGUACCAAUGGCUCAGAUUUUCCUCCUGUAACAGAGGACACAUUUUGUAAAUAUGUUUUAUACUACGAAAUAAAUAAUUCAAGGGUCCGUAUUUGGGAUUUAAUUAUUUUGAUACCAAACGCAUUGUUUGUGCUUUUCUUAGUGGUAAGGUUUAACAAAGCUCAGCUAAAAUUGCGUGCUACCAGCAGCCCUAUAUUCUUGACGUUUUACACAUUGGUAUGGGGCAAUGUGAUCAUAAGUCUGGUGCGAUGUGCGGUGUCCAUGACUGUAAAUGCUGCCAUGCCACUGGGUGGCCUGGUGGACAAGGUGUUGUGGGUCAUGGUGAGAUUUUUUCUGCUCGCAACUGAGAUGAGUGUUGUCAUAUUUGGAUUGGCAUUUGGCCAUUUGGAUAGCCGCAGCAGUAUUAGAUAUGUGUUACUGGCAACAUCACUAUUGUCCCUAGCAUUCACUGUGACACAAGGUACUCUUGAGAUUGUUAUGCCAGAUGACAUGUUUCAUGUGGACACCAGAGAUUAUGACCUGUUUGGACAUGGUGGGAUGCUGUUCUGGUUUACAUCAUCUUUAGUCUUUGCACUAAUUUACUUCUUAAUACUGCUAUUGCCAUGGAUUCCACUCAGAGAAUAUCUAGCUUUACCAACGAAACUCUCAUUCUACCUGUACGUGUUGCUACUGGCGCUACUGGACACGACGCAGGCCGUCGGCGCGGGACUCCUCGCCUGGGGCAACAUGCAGUCUGGUCUCUGCGUUGUCGAUGUUACCACUUGGCUAUACUUCUCUUUAUACACUCCCCUUGUCUAUCACACAUUCCUAAGCGAGUUUUUCAGCGUUUCUCAACCGAGCAUAAUGUUCUCGUACAAGGCUCAGAUGGACGAGCCGAUGGACGAAGACCAGGUUUCCUUGCCGCACCAACAGAGCUUCAGUUCUUUGAAGACAGAUUCAGAUUACAUUUAUCAGCAGAGUAAUAGCGUAUACGACAGCACAUUGUUCGAGGCCGGCGGGACGACGCCUAUGAACCCGGUGUACAGCGCGUCUCUACAGAGCCCCGACUCGAUAGCGUCCGGCCAGUCCAUGGAGAUCGGAGUACCCAACUCAGGCUUCCAAAGCCAAAACAUGCCCUCAACAUAACAACAAUGACGGCACCAAACGCUCGUCAUUGUGUUAUCCAAUUCCACACAUCCAAAGAAAAAACAUUAACUAUAUUAUUAGAGUCGCGUAACUAUAGAUAAAGAGAGGAUAUAGCUAGUUGAUAUUAUUUUCUACUUUAAUGAAUCUCAUAGGUAACUCUUUUAUAUUAACAAACACAACAUUGUCUUGCGUACCGUUACUUUUGUGAUAAGUAAAGCCAGUGAUCAAAUCGAAUUAUUGAGACUGCAUUUCAUCCCAUUUCUGCUAACUAUUAUACUUACCUAAUUCAUCGUGUAAUGGCUCCAUCCAUAAGAUUUUGACAUUAGAUUAAAGUAAUAGUGGUUAAUGAGUAGAUUUAUUAUAAAAGUUGCUGUGACAGUAGUGACUUGUCUUGUGAUUUUAUAUUUAGUUGCCUUGUUCAGUUUUUUGACAUUGCAGCAAAGAAACUUAAAAAGUUGUAAGCAGGUUGAGCGAAUAUUAAGUUAGAUUCUCUAUUCUCGAAAUAUAGUACCUAAUGUAAUUUAACUCGGAGAUAUUUCUGUAGCACUUGUGAUUGAAAGCUAUUGGUUAUGACUACGUCAGAUUUGAAGUAUGGAAAAGAUUGAUUACUUUGAGGAACAUGGAUAAAGCGAAUGGACUCUUACUUUAUUUCCAUAUCGUUUAUAUUUAAAGUACCUAAGCGUAACUCAUUAAAUUUAACAUAUCUGAACUAAACAAUUUAUCGAUACAAAGCAAUCAUUUGGAACUAAGUAGUGUUCAUUUACAAUUUCAGUGUUGACUGUCCUUAGAUUUAAACGAACUCAUAUAAUUGAAUGCAGUCUGCACCUAACUUAGUCCUUUUUAUAACGCUACAGUAUUCAUACUUCAAGUAUUAGACACGGGCGCCGCCAGGAUUACUUUUAGGGUAUCUGUGUUCUACAUUAAUUAUUCAUAUCCCAUCUUGUCAGGUCAAUCGAGAAAGAAACUUUGAGGCUUGACUUAUAUAAUAAGCGGGUCUAUUCCAAACCUAGGAAACCCUACCACUAUCUAUCGCUUACAAGUAAUUAUACCUCCUCGGUGUUAUAAAAGGGAUCUCUAGAUAGAUUUUAACAAGUUGUUUAGCCAUCUAUUCUUGAAUUUAUCGUGCGUGCAUCGACAUCAACUAAGAGCCAUUGAUGUAACCUCUUGCAGCUUACUACCGGCGCCCAAUAUUAGCGACCUAUUGUAAAAUAUAUUUCUUUUGUUCUGUGAAUUGUGCUACAGAUGUUAAUUGUAAGUAAUGAGUUGUAUUUUAAGUGUGAUUGAUAAGUUACGGGUAAAGUCUGUUUUGAUCAAGAAAUGGUAUUGAAGACUAAUUAAUUGCUGCAUUCACUUGCAGACUUUGCCAGUAAUAGAUACCUACGUAUAGGCUUGUUUAUAUUGUGUUAUUGUACUGUGAUGCAUUAAUCUACUUACUUUUGUUGUUAUUUUUUAUGAGAAUCAGAGUGAGUAAAGACGUGGCGGAAAUUGGAAUACAAGCAAUGUUUUAAAUAGAUUUAAAGAAAGACAAUUAUACAACUAUAUGAUGUGAUCAUUAUCUGAUGGAUGAUCCUAUUGAUAUUUUUUAUUUCAAUUGUAUCAAUAAUUUAUCUAAGAUAGAGUUUUGACUAUAUAAAUAUUUAAGUACUUGUCAACACUAAUUGCGUUACCAAUAGAAUUGUUUUACAUUUCCCACCUCUAAUAAAUUUUACUAUAUUUCAAAAUGGUUUUACUGGAGAGUAAUCGAAUAUAUUUUUCGUACAAAAACACUUCUAAGGCACGCUGUAUAUAAGCCUGUUUAAUUUACAAACAUUUAUUGAUUUUUUUAUUUGCAUUGUACACUAAUUUUGAUGAAGUGAUUUUAAAAUAUACUCAAUCAGAAUAGGUCUGAAGUGGUCAUGUCAAUUCUCUUCAACAGUUUUAUCACCACGGAGGACCAAGUCAAUUUUUUCCUUUUAUAUUGUGAUAGUCCAUAUUAUAAAUUAUAUGAAACCCUAAGUGAUAUUUUGGUUGAUGGCAUAUAUUUUUUGUUGUUUUCGUCUCUUAG